GAAGUCGAAAUGAUCACGGGAACUCUUCAUGCUGCUGUACUUCUACCAGUCAAUCUUUCAGCGAAAUUUAUGCAUGUCCUCUCUGCUUUUUCUGGAACAAAUGCCGAAAAAGCCAGAGUUGAUGGAAUGCUCGUGAGAUGUUUUGAUUCAGUGCUGUGGAUCGGCAUUGAUUCAUGCAACGACAUGGUGCGUUACUCUGCUUCUACUGUUCUGCUGGGAUUUUAUCCUUUGAUAGAUGAAGACGAUUUUAAAAAGGAUGAAUGCUUAUACAAGCAGCACUCUUCCAUGAUGAACAUGUUGAAAGAUGAAUGCACUCCAAUCAGGACGAUGGCCGCGAAAAGGGUGUUGAAGAUACUUAGCACGUUCUGGAACUUCAUUCCUCGCGACUUUAUCAAGCAGUAUAUGACUUUCAUUGUUGAUGUACUAUCUCGCGAUACCGUAAUCGCUGUGCGCUUGGCCGUUUACGAGGGUAUGCGAUACCUAAUCACUGUUCCCGCCUGCUUGAAUGCUGCUGAACAUGCUUUGAAGUGCAUUUCGCUCAAUGGCAUCAACGAUAAGAACGAGAGAGUAAGGAUGGCUGCAUUCGAAAUGCUGAAGUUGCUCAAAGGACAUCGCUACAUAAGGUUCUUUGAUGUGGUACCCAUGGAAGAAGUAUUGGCUCGCCUACAGAUCGAAACCUCUGAAAGUGUCCGUCGUCAGAUCGUUCCGCUUAUCUUCAAGUCAUUCUUCCCAGACCCUAAGCGCGUUGACAGGAAUGAGCGAAUGAAGCGCAUAGCAUUUCUCAUCAAACAUGGUCGAAUUUGCGCGCUGUCGUUCCAUCGGCUCUUAUUUCCUCUUGGACUUGUUACUGUCAAAGAAGCAGUUGAACACAUCCAGUUCAUGACUAUUCUUGUCUACCGCUCAUUCUCGAAAGGAAUCGCUGCGGACACGACUAUGGAUUCUUCGACAUCGUUCCUUUUAGAUGAUACAGUAGGAACGCUUACUGGGCCAAGUCAAGAGAUGAGCAUGCCUGGUCAGCUUUCGUUCUUAUCAACAUAA